CGGCCGCGCUACGGCGCCGUAUCUCUGCAUUCUUUUCCCAUACUCAAAACUUUUUAAGGCCGCCGUAACGGGGCCUUAGGGCGCGCGCCGCUCCAAGGCGGCCGCGUCUCAGUGGCCAAUCAGGGGCAAGUUCUAGUCGGCAAAUAGGAAGCGUCGACCAAUCGCGGGAUAUAAACACUAAUCAGCUGUUGUGCGAACGUGACCCGCCGCACCCAACCUCAGUCUCUCUCACGAGUCACGGGUCACGGACGAUAAUGGAACCUCUCUCCUCACCCCCUACCAAGAAAAGGAGGCCGAACUUUUCGGAAGAGGAGCUCUUAAUGCUGAUAGCAGAGGUCUCCAAAAGGAAGGCACUGUUACUUGGGCCCCUUACAAACAGUGUGACGUUAAGAGCAAAGGACCGAGCGUGGGAGACCGUUGCAGUAGAAGUAGGUGGCGUGGGGAGGGUUAAGAGAGAGAAGGGUGAGGUGAGAAAGAAGUUCAAGGACUUCAGGUCUGAGGUGAAGAAGAAGGCAGCCAAGAUCAACAAGGAGAGGAAAAAAACAGGUGGUGGCUCACUGGAUGUUAAUGACCAGUUGAAAGCCAGCGAAGAGGCGAUGUGGUCUCUCCUUGAGCUUGAGGCCAUCGAUGGACUCGCUAAUAUUGAGGAUAGCGAAGAAUUGUCAUCAAUGGCUUCAGCAACCAUUGAGAAUGAAGAGCCAGCACCUCCCAGAACAACUAGUGUGGCAGCAUGUAAACCUCCGACGCCUCAUCCCCUCGCAGGAACCUCCCCCAAGAGGGUGGCCAUGGCUGAGUUGUAUCCAGUAUCUAGGGAUGCAAACAUAUUCCUGGAGCCUGCUACUGGUCCUUCAGCCAUCCGAGAAGUGACAGUUACAUCUGUGUCCCAAGACACAAAUCAUGUUCCUAAUGAACAUGAUUACCACAGGGAGGAGCUGAACUCUUCAAACAGCACUCCGAGACGAGGCCAGUCCGGUAGCCGUGGAUCAACCCGUGGCCAUGAGGAGACAGCAAGCCUCCAAAGAGUUAUUAAUGUUCAAAAUAAUACACAAGAGAUGCUAGAUAGACACCUUACAAGAAUAGGUGACAACCUUACCAGAAUAGGUGACCUACUAGAAAAAAUAGUUCAAGGCUUGACAGGCUAGAAACUGCAAUCCUGGGGCACAGAUAUUACCUUUAUUACCUUUCUUAUUAAAGUCAGUAGCUAUUUUAGAUCCUAAAAGUGCAAUAUAUAGUCACACAAUGCUGUGAUAAGGCAGUGACAGCGUGGAUGCAGGACUUAUCUCCGUCCCACUGCACCACAGAGGCGCUGCUCUACUGUGAUAAGAGUAAAUAUAUUUAUGAUACAAAUAAAUGUGAUAUAUAUA